AUGGCUCACCACCGUUGUUGCGUAUCACAUAUUCCCGGAACAAACAUAUACAAGAUUGCUGCUGGUACUGCCAAUACUGGCGAGGUGUACCUCAUGACAGUUUUGGGCGUCGGAGGAGGUUUCGCUUUCCUGGUAGAGAUGGCCAUAAUGAAGACGGCACGGGAACAUAGGCAUCUGUGGUGUCUGCCAUGGUUCCAUUCAAUCCCAUUUGCUGACAUUCUUCGAUCUCUUUUAUUCUUUGGCUAUAUGAUACUCAGUCAAUGGUUCUGGAACGGUGGGCGCUUUACAUUGUUACUUGCUUCAUGCAACUGGCGGGUUUUCUUCUUUAGUUCCACAUCAAUAACCGGAUGGUUCGCUCAGCUUUCACUAGCAUUGUCCAUCAUGGCCAUGUUUGUCUACCUGCUAGUACUCGCUCUUAUAGCUUCUAGCAUUCCGGCUCGAUGCGCUACAAUUAACUGCCUACUACAGAGAGUCAAGAGGUUGCUGCCUUCGUCUUCAGAAUCCGUUUUGACGAGCAAGAGAAUUGUGAUGGUGCUUGGAGUUCAAUUGGGCUUUUACGCAAUUCUUAUUGCGAUGAUCGAAAUGUUUAUUGUAUGGAACGCAAUCAGCGAUGUGAGUUCUGUGGCAUCUGCGGGACAGAUUAUUCCACUGGUAACAGCAUUGGCAGGUCUUGGAAUGUAUACUCAGCGUAUGGUUUUGGUACCAUGGCUGUCAUAUAUUGAUGAUCAGGGCUCUGACCAUCGUGGUCGGGCCGUUCUUUGGGUUGGUAUGAGACGUAGAAAUGGCCUUGGAUUUGCACGUGCUACAAUCCCCUCUACCGAAUUGGGCAUGAUAUCUCUCAAUGGUCCCCAGCGCGAGCACAUCAUCGGUCGAUCGUCGCAGCCUCGCUUGGUUCUUUAUCACAAUGGGGGCCAAUCUGGGUACUUGACAUCAUUCUAUCUGUUCCCUGAAACGAAUUCAGCCAUCGUCGCUUUGGGAAACUCAUAUGGGCUCGGUGAUGGGCCUGAUUGGACCGCACAAGCCCUAGCACAGGCAAUGUUUGAUCUGCAGCCACGUGUUGACUUUGCAGAAGCAUCAUUAGCCAAAGCCAAGACUGAGUACGAAAGAUAUGACCGCCUAGCCACAGAGUUUACGCAACAUCGUGAUGAAGAGCGCGUGAAAUCAGAGGGGUCAGAUGAGGCUCCGUUGAGAGACUACGUGGGCAGGUAUCACAACACAGGUUUGAAGAUGACGCUCGCUAUCAACAAGGACAAGGAUGGAGCCCUAAAGUUGACCUUCAAUGAUGUACCGUCACAGCAGCAUAAGCUCACUCACUUUGCGGGGGACAAGCUGGGUUUUCUGCCAGCCUCGCGCGAAGAGCUCAUCUUGAGGGAAUUCAUUGAUUGGUUCCAGUGGGAUCAGUUUGUUUUGGUAUUCCACCGCGAGGACAAGUCACAAAAGAUAGUGGCUGUUUCUUGGGCUAUGCAGGUUGGUAUUGAGCCGCUUCGUUUUAACAGGUCGUGA